AUGAAGUUUUUGAAGCAACUACACAAUAUGGAGAAAGAAAUUAAGGACGAACUCACACCGUCCCUACAGCGUUCUACCGAUUCCUUAAAUAUGAUGGAGGUGAACAUAUUAUGUCUCGCUCGAUUGGUAGUGGAAAAUGGAACAGAAUUUCAGACUGUCUUCAAAAAUAAGAUGGAUCACAUUCAACCAAUUCAAUCAAGUGAUUCAAUUGAAGAAAUCAAUCAAAACAGCAAAGUGGACACGGCAUUGUUCCAAGGAGAUAUGAUACUCACCAAGUGCAUUAUUUCAUAUAGCUUCGUUUUGUUGACCAUUAUCCUUUUUUACACCACUUUUCUUUUCAGGGAACAAACUGAGGAGAUUUUGCAAGACAUCAAAGCGAACAAGGGCAAACGCAACAAACGACAGGCCUUCCGUGANACAGAAUUUCAGACUGUCUUCAAAAAUAAGAUGGAUCACAUUCAACCAAUUCAAUCAAGUGAUUCAAUUGAAGAAAUCAAUCAAAACAGCAAAGUGGACACGGCAUUGUUCCAAGGAGAUAUGAUACUCACCAAGUCCAUUAUUUCAUAUAGCUUCGUUUUGUUGACCAUUAUCCUUUUUUACACCACUUUUCUUUUCAGGGAACAAACUGAGGAGAUUUUGCAAGACAUCAAAUAUAAUAAUUACUUGAGGAAUAAACUUUCAGCUACCGAUAGAAUUAACGUUAUCAAAGGUGGUGGUUGCUGGUCAUACGUUGGAAGACUUGGAGGUGAACAAAGUCUUUCACUAGGCCCCGGAUGCGAAUCGGUUGGAACCGCCGUACAUGAGAUUGGGCAUGCUUUGGGUCUCUUCCACACCCAGUCAAGGCAUGAUCGUGACGACUUCGUCACACUGUAUCCAGAAAAUUUCCAGGUAAAUUUAAAAGCACAGAUAGCCAUAAAUUUUAAAUCAACAAGGUCGCCUGUCUCAAAGAACGGCAAGCCCAUCGUAGUGCCACUCGAUGUCAAGUAUAUUGAAACCCUUGGGUCUCGGUUCCUUUCAUUUUACGAUAAGCUUAUGGUAAACAUGCAUUAUGGAUGCCUCGCUUGUGAAAACGGUGGGUUUCCGCAUCCCAGAGACUGCUCUAAAUGCAUUUGUCCUAGCGGAUAUGGCGGAAGACUUUGCAAUGAAAGACCAAGUGGUUGCGGCAAGAUUUUGACGGCAACCACCACCUUCCAAACACUUGAGGACACCUUGGGUAAAAAAGAUUCAAGAGAAAGGAAACUUGACUACACGACGUGCCAUUACUGGAUUGAAGCACCCAUUGGUUCAACCAUUGAGGUAGUUUUUGAUAACUUUACACAAGGCUUCGGUUAUGGCGGAUGCUCAAUGGCGGGAUUGACCAUUGUAGUUGAGUUAUUCUGUGAUUCAAAAAAGGCUGGAAUAUCAUUGAUUUCUACGUACAACGUAGUCCCUGUAAUUACUUUCAACAAUUUCUACGAAACCAAAGUGGUUCUACGUUAUCGAAUUGGUAAUUUUUCAGUUUAUAGCAGUACUUUACAGACUUCUUUCUUAGCCAUUCACUGCUAUAAUGAUUUGAUGCAGUUGGUCUGUCCACAAUCGUGUAACCUCUGCUUGUAA